GCGUCAGCAUUCUAGGUAGAAAUGAAUGAAAAAUCAAUCAGUGUGACUGCAGUGUGAGCCCCCACAACCCUAACCUAGUUUGUGUGUGUCUCUCCACAUACCUCGUUCAGGUGCAAGCACUCUUUAGGAUGUAAAGAGAACCAUUGGUGCUGUAAAAAUGAACUCCCUGCUUUUGCUAGCUCUGACUUCACUGUGUGUGGCAGAUCCCUAUGAGAGAAGUUACAGUGAUGUGGAACACCAUAGAACCAUCUACAUCUCAGAAAAUGGACCUCGUCUAUCAGUGGAGAUGGAGCAGACCAAAGUAAUCUCCCACCGCGGUGGCAACGCUACACUGCCUUGCAAGUUCCACCGCGAAUUCAGCUCCGGCACUGCUAACAGCCCCAAGACGAGGAUCAAAUGGACCAAGCUCACCACAGAUUACCUCAAGGAGAUUGAUGUCUUUGUUGCCAUGGGCAACCAUAAGAAGAGCUACGGCAGCUACCAUGGCAGGGUAUUUCUGCAGGAAGCCAGUGACAAGGACGCCUCCCUCGUCAUCACUGACAUCACCUUGGAUGACUACGGGAAAUACAAAUGUGAGAUCAUUGAAGGACUAGAGGAUGACACUGGGGUUGUCACUCUCGAUUUACAAGGCAUUGUGUUCCCCUACUUUCCUCGAAUGGGGCGCUACAACCUGAACUUCCAAGAGGCUCAGCAGACCUGCCAGGACCAGGAUGCAGUGAUUGCUUCCUUCGACCAGCUGUAUGAUGCGUGGAGAGGAGGUCUAGACUGGUGUAAUGCGGGCUGGCUGAGUGACGGAUCGGUGCAAUAUCCCAUUACCAAACCCAGAGAACCCUGUGGAGGCAAGGAUACUGUCCCUGGUGUGAGAAACUACGGCAUUCGUGAUAAAGAGAAGGGCAGAUAUGAUGUCUUCUGCUUCACUUCCAACUAUAAAGGACGUUUUUACUACCUGAUACACCCGACCAAGCUGACCUACGAUGAGGCAGUCCAGGCUUGCCAGAAGGAUGGAUCUCAGAUCGCUAAAGUGGGCCAGAUGUUCGCUGCUUGGAAGCUAAUGGGAUACGACCGCUGUGACGGAGGCUGGCUGGCUGACGGCAGUGUCCGCUACCCGAUCUCCAGGCCCAGGCGACGCUGCAGUCCAGAUGAGGCGACGGUUCGCUUUGUGGGGUUCCCAGACAAGAAACACAAGCUGUACGGCGUCUACUGCUUCAGAACCUACAACUGAGAGCACAGCUGAUAAUCCAUUCAUUUACAUACACGUGAGGGAAUUAUUCUCAAUAGUAUGAACUCAUAAAGUUACCAAAACUGUGAUAACCUUUUUUUUUUAAAUCAUUUUCAUAAACUUACAAAAAAAUAUAUUUUUUUUGUAAACUGAAUCCGAGCAUUACAUUUUUUUUUAUCAUUCUUAGAUAUUUUAAAUUAAUAUAAUUGCAUCUGUAGCUCUAUAGCCUAUACAAAAAUUAGCAUUAUAGCAGAACUGAAUAAAAAAAGAAAAAGACAAAAUGAUUGAGCUACAUCAUCCCAAAAGAAAUAUACUUCCAUGAAUGGGUGGAGCAUGCUAAAGCCUGAAAAUUUUUUAGGACUGAUAUAAACAAUAGUAAAGCUUCUCGAAGGGGGAACUGUUUUUUUCUGGCCACUUUUUUAACUUGUAUUGUGCACUGCAAGGAGAUUCAUCAUAUCCUAGAUAAGAACCCUUAUGGACAACAGCAACUCAUCCCAAUUAUCAUACUUGCCUGCUAAAGAAAGAAAAGUUAUGUCAGAAACAAAAAAGGGCUUUAUGCAUAAAACUAAGAGAGAGUUUAUGUACUUCUUUACGUUUCUAGAUACUUUUAAAAUUCUUAUUAAGAUCAUUUGAACACAGAAACAGUUUGAAGGUCCUUGAUCCUUUUUGAUGGGUGUCCCAUGGGGUGAGUGAGUGCCAGAAUUGCUUCUUUAUGCUCUAUAGAAUCCACCUGGAUUGCAUCAAUCAACUAUUUUUCUGGGUAAUCACAAGAUAAAGUUUGAUGAAAUCCAGGAUUUGCUCUAAAAUAUUCCAGCUGUGGCAUAUAUCUUGGGGGUAUAAGCUGACCAAGUCAACACAUCUUUAAAACAGUUAGAAUAGGAAUACAUUAUUGUUCAGGAAUGACCCUUUGCUUUACAAGAAUAAUGCAGUUAAAAUGAAAAAAUACCUCCAUUGUUUGGGUUCUCUCGUUCCUUGUGGUGCUACACAUUUUUUUAAACCUGUUCGAGCUAAAGUAAAUACAAACUCUGAGCAUGACACAUUGUAGCCAUAGCAUCAACACGCAGCUGCUUUAGUAGGAGGCAAAAAGGGAGAGGUGGCUUAAUGCCAGCAUUGACGCAUAAUGCCCCAGUGUUCUGACCAUCUGUAUCAGGAACAUUUUACCAUUUCACUAUGGGAGGGAAAGUUAUGAGCCAGUUGAUUUCUUAUCACAGUAUAAAGCACCAACAGCUGUCAAAGGACCUGCUGCUUGUGGCAUGAAUGCAUACUGCUUGCUCAGUACGGUACAGGUAGCUGUUAUGUAGAGCACCUUCUGACUGCAUAUCUUUAGAGCAGCAACAUCAAAAUGAUGCAUUGUCCAUUUAAGGGUUACAGGUGGUUGCAGCUAAUAAAUUACCUGCCGUGCACGUUCAUAUACUAUAUAGCUCUCAAAUGUGCAGUUUUGAAAGAAACACAUGGUAUGGCAACCGUGUGUUUUCAUAUGACAUCUGGCACUACACUAGGUUAAAGUAAGAUUGCUUGACUUGCCAUACAGGAUAUCUGUUAUUGCUUUACUUCCUAGGUCAUUUCAUCUUAGCAUUGUCCGGGGUCAGAGAAUCUUUCUGGCUGCAAUCAGUCAUUAUGGAAAGCAGCUGGUUGGGUGAAGAAGGCCCUGAAGGUAUGGGGACAGUUUCAAUCUCCAGGGGGUCUAAGAAAGCAGCAAGGCCUGCAGACAGAGAUUUCAGGUACCUAGUGCCGUACCAGAUAGUAUGUUUUAAAAUGAAAAUACAUGGUCACUAAAAUCACUUCAAAACACAUUUGUUUUGCCUAUAAAUGUUAAGGUCAACAGAAUAAAAAACACUGACAAACGCGCACAUUAUCGCCAGAAAACCUAAACCUGCCUGAAAAGUAUCACAUUUCCCCUUUGAGUCGCUUUCCUAAGAUAUUUAAGAGAAACCAUUUGCUAUGCAGCAUUUAGCACCAACUCAGAGCAGAUACCAACACGAACUGCUGGACAGAGAGACUGUAAAAGUAGCAGCUUCAUUUUAAUUAGCCUUGAACAUGUUAUAAUCUUAUAAAAUAUGUAGCUACAAUGUUUAAUAUUUUCUUUGCGUCAGAAUACUGUGAAUGCCACAGUUCGGGAGAUUAAAACGAGGGUGCUCUUAAGAUUUUUUAACAGUAGCCACUAAACUAUAUAGGAAAUGAUAUUAGCCAAAGCUGGAACCUUAUUAGCUAAAUGACAUUGCUGGCAAUAUCAUGCGUUUUUACCAUUAGGGGUUUAUGUACUGUACAGUAGCCAGCUCAUUUCGUGCUGGCAGCUAGUCACCACCUUUAAAGGCAGCGUACAGAAUGGAGAAUUGGUGAAUUGGCUAAUAAGCAGAGUAGUCCUACUACACUCUCAAGGUAAAUGCUGUUUUUUGAUAGCGACAACAACACUCCAAACAUCAACAGUAUUAGUUUUCCUAUUUUGUUAUGUACAUAUAGAAAAGUAUUAAUCUAUGAAAUAAAAAACAGUAUCGUUUGUAUCUAUAUGUAAAAUACUUUUUGAACCGAAUCCAACAAAGAAAAUAAAAACCUUGAAAAGACAAAGCUGUGGCUAAGAAUGUUGUACUUUUUCCUGACUGUGCUACAAAAUAUUUGUAUGAAUUACUGUCGUAGGGCUGUAUUUACUGGAAUGUUUUCCUUUUUUUAAUGUUAUGUAAACUUCAAAGGCAGGUAAAGGAUGCAUUGCUCAGUUUUCUUUCCUUUUAUGUUUGCUGAUGAUGAUUAAACACGAUGCAAGCUAGCAUAAAAAAAAAAGAGUCAGGCUGUUGCUUUGUAGAGUCUAACAACAAAUCAUUACUAACUUGGCAGAUCUGCAUGGGACUAUUCCCAUGUAAUUUGCAAAGGCUUUUUAAAAGGCAGUGGGGUCGAUUUUAAUGUUCUACAAUGGAGGAUUAAAGAGCUUCAAAUAUUAUCAAAACACUUAAUUUAUUUUUAAUAAUUAGAUUAUGUUGUUUGCAAUCGUUCUGAGUGGUCCUGUAUUAGAAUAUGUUAUUAUAAUCUGCCUUUGCAACCAAAUUUGCUUUGAGCUUGUCAGGAGAAUCCAAAGUGCCAGAUCUUAACAGAAUCCCUCAUGUGACGAUGUGGCCAUUCAACUGUGUUCUACAUUUACAUACAGUAGACAUGGGAUAAGUGGGACUGGCAGAGUUGAACUUGAAUCCUGCUGGUGCGUUCCCUCAGUCGAUCAGUUGAGGAAUAUAUUAACACUAGUACUAGAUACUAUCAUACAAAUACAAAAACAGUGGAAUGAAACAGUGGAACUACUUUUAUAGCAGCAGUAUUCAUGUCUGCCACGAUUUAGAUCAUUAAAAUAGACAGCAUGGUUUUCUUAAUUCCUAUAAUAAUAGAUCCUCUUUUACAAGGAUACCGUACGUAAAGUUCCGAGAUGAGAUCUGAAGUAUGGCUUGGAUUUUCCUUUUCGAAGGGGUGGUAUUUAUCUUCCAGGAGAAGCUGAGGCUGGUCAUUAUUGGAGUUGCCAAUCUCAGCAGCCAGGAAGAUAGUCCUCCAGAUAUUUCCUGAAAGAAAAUGAGAUCAGUAACUAGAAGUUGUAUUUAACUGCCAAUUGUCACCAUCGUGUAUAAAUAUUCAUGUAAAAACAUUUCAUAAAAUUGGAAUAUAGUACUCAGGAGAUUUGGCACACGUUCAUUAAUAUUGUUUUCAUACUCCUGCUUUUAAUUUCUAUGUAAUAUAUAUAGAUUUUUUAUGUUCCAAAAUAUGUAAGCUUUCCAAUCAGCAUCUCAUGUAUACAGAACUGCAAGCUCAGUAAUGACCAGGAUAUAAGUAUGGGAUCUACAGUGCACUGGAAAGUAUUCAUAAAGUGCUAGAAAGUCUGGCAUACUGGUGCUUUAUCAAUAUAGCACUAACUAAGCUUCAAGGUUCUUCAUUUCUGGCCAGUUUCCUCUCCCUACUGAAUCUCCUCCCUGAUAAAAGGUAGAAUGUAGCUGGCUGUGGGUUACUUAUCUUAGACACUCUCUGUCGCUAUGUGCUCCUCUCCCAGCAGCAUUAAGCUGCCGUGUUCAGUAUAGGAUGCCUCAAGGUCCAUUAUGUCUCCCCUGAUAGGGUAGACGGCCCUUCACAUCCCAUAUGAAUAGCACAAAUCACUUCUUUCGUAUUAGAUUUAGCAGCUUUAGCGCCACCUCGCCUUUUUUGUGUUUAAAAUAAAAGUACAAUUAUUGAAAAUGUCCCAAAAAAGAAUAUUACAAUUUUUUUUGUAAAUUCUUCAGCUCAUCACAAACUGCUUUGUAGAGCAAAACUAAAAACACACGUACACACCAUUCUGGACACGCUAGGUGUCCAUUGCUUCAUGAAAUAAAUUCCUCAGCAUCGCAACUCCACCUUAGGAGCCUUCUGACUGUCCUUGUGUACAAGUCUACUUUUCAAUUUGAUUGGUCUAAACGUUUUAUGGUAAGCAUGUUGUAAACAUUGCAGCAAGGACUGUGGCUAAAUAUUAUUUUUUUUACUUCAACAGAUAAACAGGUCUUGAUGCUGGCUUCGUUUUAUUAACAUAUUUAACAUAUUAGAAACCGAAUGCAUGGCUUCCGUCAUAUAUAGGGGUUACAGUUUUGUUAAAUGGCUUAUAAAAACUAUCCCAGUGCCACUGACUGCAACUGCAUUUCUGUUUGAGUCAAAUCUAAUAAAAAUGAAUCCUACAAUCCAACUAUUGUAGGUACAUGUCUAUUUACUGUAGUCUUUGUAUAAGAUCAAUGUCUGAUUUUCAUUGUGAAGUUGACUCACAUGCUAUCUGUUACCAGCUGGGAUUUCUUGCUUUGGCUUAAUUCUCAAAACCUGCAGAAAAAAAUGUGUUCUGUUUGGACUGAAUUGUUCAACAAUGGUAAUUGCAAUGUAUUAACAGUGCAGUCACAAAGUGUUUUUAUACACUAUGCUAUAUACAAAGAGGAUACCCAAUAAUCAAUGUGAGAGAAGAAGAGGGACUAACUUCUGAGUUGUUUGUAUCUUUACUCACAAAUUAUCCAUUGCAAUUGUUCCAUGCUUUCCCCAUGUUUAUAGUAUGUGUUUACCGUGGUUUGCCAUGUUUUUAAUAUGCUUUUCUAGGCUUUGCAAUGCUUAUGUAUGCUUUAAUAUGCAUUAUUACAUGUUACUAUGAUUUUACUUUGGGGCCAGAGGACAUUCCCCCGAUGUUAAUGAAAAAGAUGAACAUUUAUAGUUUCCUAAACUAAUGACAAAAAUAACAACACCAGCAUAACAAUGUUAUUCUGAAUGAUUAGAGUCUGUUAAGUAACUUAACAGCUCCUGUAGGAUAAUGCUUAUUUUAAUAUGGUCCAUGGUCAUUGUAUCUAUCAUCAGAUGCUAAUAAAUACCCCAUACUGCUUC